CUACCUAGCCUCCCUCCGUCCGUGCAUUCUCCUUCAAAAUCUCGCCAAAUCUCCCCAACCCCUCCCAAACCAAGCCUCGCACCUCACACCACACCCCAAUCUCUCUGCCCCCAGCGACACUUAUCGCGCGACUCCCACAGCCAUAAAACGCUGUCUCUUCAAGGACCCAGAGCUCCUGCCUCGCUUCCGUCAGGUGAUGCUGCACGAAGCUGGUUCUUGAUCCUCGCCUGCCAUAAAUGGUGGCGAGCAGAUCCCAACACAUCAAACAUUCUCAACACUCGAGUGCACUUCGAUUCUCGAGCCUCGUUCACCGUUGAGCGAUAGGAGAGGCAAGCUAGGACGUCCGUAAAGUUUCCCAGAGCCUGUCGGCUCCCCUUGGGAUUCAAUAUCCCGCCGACGCACAAUGGCGGCAGUCACCGCGUCGCCCAUGCUGGAUAUGGUCAGAGGAGCCGCCACCACCGGCUCCGCCUCCGCCGCCGCCGUCGUGAAGGCAGCGGGCCCCGGGACGACUAAGACAGGCGCGAAGCGCCCGCGAGAUAGCGACCUCGAUGCGGAGAUGUUUUCUCCCCCCUUCGCCCCUGCGCUUUGCGGGGAGCCCUCUCGAUCCGCAGAUCGCAAGAUUCUCGCGGCCGCGGUGUCUACUCCCGCUUCCGCUCUCUUCUCUCCCUCUUCCGCCCUUUGCGCUCCCCCUUCUGCUCUCUCCGCUCCCCCUUCCGAAAUGUGCACUCCGCCGACACCUUCUUCCGCCACGCGCAACCCUAAGCGUCGUAUGCCCUCAUGGGACGAGCAAGGUGAUGCGCAUACGCUUCCGCUUGCCGUUCCGCCGACCCCCAACUCCGUGCUGCAGUCCGCACGCUGCCUCUCCGCGUCCCCCUCAAUCCCGCACCUUGCGCCCGCCCCGCCGGCGCUGCUUCUCGAGGAGAUCGACAGCGACAGCACGUGCAGCAGCCCAGUAGAUCCCCCCCGCGUUCCGCUAACCCCCAGGCUUUCCGCGCAGCGCAUGAAAAUCCCCGCGGAAACGCCAACGGGGGAUUCGCGCAAGCGCCAGCGCGCGCAGCCCUCGCAGGUACAGCGGCUUGAUGCGGCGUUUCAGGCGGCGGUAUCGGCGCGGGAGGGGUCCGCGCAUGGGGGAAAGUCGCAGGCGGAGGGGCAAGUUCUUGUGUCUGCGGAGCGGCAGUGGCAGCUCGCGGCGGAGCUGGGGCUUCUCCCCCGACAGGUUUCCGCGUGGUUCCAGACGCGCCAGCUGGAGUGGCAGGCGGAGCAGGGGGAGGCGGAGCUGCGCAAGAUGCGUACAGCGCACGCGGGAUUGGCGGAGCAUUGCCGCGAGAUGCGGAGCGAUUACGAGCUGCUGAAAGGAGACUACGGCCAGAUGCUGCUGCACAUUGCGAAGAUCCUCAACAAGAUCACGGAAGUCGAGAAACUCCUUAACGCGGACGACCAAAGGGGCAAGUCGGCAAGCCCUGAUGUGAAUCAGCUGCAGGCCUUCCAGCAGCACCAAUCGGAGAAGGAUCAAAACAGGCAUCAGCAGGAACAGGGGGGUCAGAAGAGGGAGCAGAUGCGAGAGACCGGCGGGGAUAAGGUGGAACAUGCGCAUCCCAUAGCCCAGGAGACAGCUCCCGCGGACAAGGUCCACUGGGGGAUCGAAAAGGAGCAGCCUGUUUCCGCUUCUGCUUCCGCCUCCACUAUUGGAAGUGAUGGCGCUGCUCCGCUUGCGGACCUGUCCUCCCCGCAUGGGGGGGACGGUGACCUCUCCGGCACGUUCUUGGAUGAUUUUGAAGAGCUUUCUGGCAGCCUGGGCGGGCAGCAAGACUUUUUUGAGGCGGCGACUGCUGCGGCGGAAGCUCCUCUGAGAGAGAUGGGCCUUCUGGAGGCGCACCAGGCGCACCAGGGGAUGCAGCAACCCCUGGGUGAGGCGGAGCAGGCGGGGAAGCAGCACCUGGUGGGGAAGGAGCAGGGGCUUGGAGGAGAGGGGGCAGGGCAGGAGGAGGGGUUGGCUGCAGGGGGCAAGGAGUCGGAGCCGUUUGAGGUGUGUGGGGUGGGCAUGGACACGGAGUUGAUGGGGCUGUUCUGGGGCAGUGGUGGGGAUGGGGAUGACAUAGUCAUUGGGUAGAUUUGAGCUUUGCAAGGUUGCUGGGGUAUUACGGAAAAUGAUCGCGGAGACUGCAUUUAGGGAUGUGUUGCAUCACCAUCAUAAACGGGCAAAUGAAGUGGGAAUAAUGGAGGAGACGCCAGAGUGCUCCUUUUCUCUGAGCACUCCCAAGUGCCAUACUUGCAAGGCUGGUCCCACUUCUCACGCUGUUGUAAAUUAUGUUGUUGUGACUCUAUGUCCACUAGUGAGCAGAGGAGCCUCCAAAGAGAAGUGCGCAUGUUUGUAUUUCUGAAUUAUACGAUCACUCGUGGUAGCACUUU